UUCUCUCCUUCGGCAUCGGUCGCGUCCCUGGUUUCUUGUGCGAGGCGAGCGGAGAUCUUUUUUUUCCACUGACAAAAAGACGGGAAGAAUGAAUGGUGAUGCUUCAAAGCCUGCUUCGGACGCUUUCGUGAAGAAAUCCCUGGUGUGCUUCAUUCAGCAGGAGACGAACGAAGAUGCCGCAGACAUGAUCGACGAAAUUCUGCUGGCCUAUGUCGUGGGGAUUCUGGAGUCGGACAUAGCCGAGGAAGGAUUCGACGUGUUGGAGUUCAAGGAAAUGCUUUCCGCUUACAUCCCAAGCUUCGACUCGAUAUCAGACACAAAGAUUUCCUCUUGGGUAGGGCUGCUCUCCGGAAAAGUCGGAAAACACACUGAAACCAAAAGAACGGCAGAAAGCCUGCUGACCUCACCAGUCAUCUCGCCAGAGAGCAAAACGUCCAACAAGUCAACACCCCGCUCCCGAAACACGAGUCAGUCGGAAGAGGACAUUGGCAAGCCGAACCGCAUCGCCGUCUGUGACGAAUCGGAACUGUGCGACGGAACUACCUUUCGCACGCUCUGCGAGAUGUUUCCGGCAGCUUGCGCUCUGGAAGUCCGACGCUGUCUUAUGGUCGCCGGGGGCGACACAGAGGCUGCCGCGCAGCUGCUGCUUCAACGAGAUGCAGCAGUAGAGACGUUGCUGUCUGGACCCGCACACAGCUCGGCGAAUCCACGCAGAGAUACUUCGGCGCUACCACUCGGCGACAAGGAGCUCAGAGAACAGAUCCUGACGAGAUAUGGCUACAUCGAUCAAGACGAAGAUGAAAAGGAACAUAGGCCUGUUGCGCCAAAGACUGAACCAAAGAAGCUCAUCCGCUAUCGGGACAACAAGAUCGUCAGCGUCAAGGGUGAGAAGUAUUCGGAAGUCAAGCGGGAGGAGAGCGACGACAUGAAGCGGACCUACGUGACUCUAAAACCAGCACGGCAAUAUAGGUUCCAUUAGGGUUACACAUUUCUCAUUCGCUUGACACUCGCCGCACGCUGCUUAGUAGUACGAUGAUCAUGUGACCAGUCGGUGCUGCCUCUGCCGUUGUUGCUGGCCCCAUCAUCAAUGAUGCUAGGGUACUUGCUUCAGGUCCACACAUGCACACUGGCUGUUUAAGUGCACAGGAAAUCUGUCUGGUGAGAAACAUACGGACCUGGAGGAGUCGUCUGCUUCUGCACAGACAAACCUAGCGGCAAUGCAUCUGCUAAGGCUGAAGCAGAUGACCUGCACCUUUCUGCAAAGAUAGAGCAGACAGCACGAAUGGUCAAACUAUCUGUGCAGAAAUUGUCUCUCCCUGAACAUAUGGUAUAAGGAGGACUACUGUCUCUUCUGUCUGUGCAGUAAUGGAUAGAUUAUCUUCUACAGAGCAGACACCAUCUGCUCUAUUUAGGCAGAAGUCCAUGCCAUCUGUGCAGACGCAUUGUAAUCUGCUCCAUUUGUGUCAAGCCAGACGGGUCGUCUGCUAAAACAAAAACUGUCCCUCUCUAUACAAAUAGAGCGGGUGGCAGUGCAUCUGGCGCAGACUUCUCCUUCGACAAAACAGAAAGCAAAUUUCUAUCCAUUUCUGCUCAAAUUUCUAUCCAUUUCUGCUCGAACGGUGCAGACGUGAGUGUGCCUGCUGAAUUGGAAAGGGACAACUUUUCUGGACUGUCUGUUUCUGACUAGUGCUGCUGCUGUUUUGACUUAAUGCCUUCUGCAUAGCUGGGGAGCCUUUACUUUGCGUGAUGUUGUGUCAUGCUGGACUGGUUUUGAGGACGUGGAGUCAUUUUGUACAAAGCCUGCACCACUCAAAAUGAAUAACGAGGUGCAGGUCUUGCCACCUUGUGCUGGCAAAACGAAUCACUAACCCCAUUCUUUUUCCUGAACCAGGUCCAGAACUGCAGAUAAAUCAGCGGGAGCACACAAUACACAACAUACUUCGUAGAGAAGUAGCAUGAGAGAAGUAGCACAGGCUUUAUGCAGCGAGUACCAGAACAAGAGCGGUUCUGAUCAAGGCUUUACCGAUUGCAGUCAUGAGAAAGUUCUGUAACUAUUGAAAUUGAGUUUGACUCCAGGAUUACAGCCACAGUUGCGCAGUUAUACAACCAGAUUUACAAUGCUGCCAGUGAAGAAAAGAGCUUGCUUAAUCAUUACCUGUGAAUCAGUCUGAUACAUACCAGUGUCACACGGUGCACAGCUGAUCACGAUUAAACUAAAUCGGGAUCAGAUUUCACUGCAGUAAUUACCCCCUUUCUGAAGCCUGUGCAGGCAGUCACAACCAAAAACUUCUAUCAAGAUCAGGCUUGAUCGCGGUACCAACGUGGCCAGGUAAAACCAGUGUAAGCCUUUUCAAAAAUUAAAAAUGUUUUAAGUACUUCACAUUUAGAUAAACGGAGAUUGAACUUAUGUGAAAUCUUGAACUUGCUUGUAGUGGAAGUCCUCAGAUUACAACACUGAGCCUGCUUGGGCACACUCUGCGCUGCGCUGGCAAUGCGUUUGUUACUUGUUAUCAACUCUCUGACCACAAAGAAACAAGCGAACAAUCAGUUAUUCAUCUUCAACACCGUGUAAAUAUUAUGCGAACAAAAAAAAAAUAGUGUGCUUGCGUGUUGUGAAGAUAUCCCCGCUCACCAAAAACAAGCUCGUGCUCCCACCUUAACUCGCACCCCAAACUUUUGCCACCUGCACUGUGGUCCCAGUAUUUUCUCAAUCAGUGUCAGUGUCAAUCAGUCUUUCUUGUUUCUACGUUGGAAACUGAGUUAUUAUAUAGUGAAGCACCUGUGUGAACAAAGCAGCACAGAGGAUGCCAGUGUUUUGUCAUUAUACACUCAAACCUCAUUAUAACAAAGUUCCACCUUACAAGCAAAUGAGUUUGUUGUAUCCCAAAAUUCGUUAUUGAGGUUAUCUAUAAUGAUAUUCUAAGACUAUUGUUCAUUUACUUUGUUAUAACCAGUACUUUCAUUAUAUCCGUGUUCAUUAUAUUGAGGUUCGAGUGUAUAUUCAUAAUGCUAUGAUAAAUAUCUUGAUCUAUGUCGAUAAUUACAAGCUACCUGGAAAUGUGCGACGAGCCGAACUAGAAUAUUAGCCUAUUACCAAGCAGUUGCAGUUAGCUGGCUUCGCACAGGUGCUGAGAAUUCUGAGCAGUUUUGCAUAAACUUUUUUUUUUACUUACCAGCCUAGACAAGGUGCUUUCGGACUUCAACAUUAUUUUUUUCCUUUGUGGAUUGUUUCAUGAAGUUUCUGCAUUUAUGGCUGCAUACCAAACUUCUUCAAAUAGGGUACCGGUACAGAUUGCCCGUUUUGUAGAAGCAUAGAGAAAAAUGUGGCAUUGAGAAGCUUUUUACAGUGGCAAAGUCAUUCCACAUGGUGACCUACAUAGAAACCUCCUUUGUCUAAAGGCUCACAUGUGGCUCACAGUGAAUCGAAAAUGGGCUUGCAAGCUAAUAGUCUUUUAUGAAUGAUUUCAGCGCAGGGCAGACAGUUGGCCUUUUUAAGGUGAAGAGUUGAAAAGGGGAGUGAGUAAGAAGUGACUUCAUGGCGGUCGCUGAGACCGUGACAAAUGCGUAAGUUACUCACAGUUGUGACAUUAUUCGUCUGUUUCUUUAAGGACCAGUAAACAGGCUCUGACUUUAUUUUACACCCCCCAA